AUGACGCUUCUCAGGGCGCCGCUGCCUCUGCGCCCUGGGGCGCUGAUGCCAUCCCUGCAGAGCAUCAGCCAGUCUGCCGCCAUCACGCCGUCCAUCCAUCCGCUCGCAUUCGCCACGCCAUCUUCACGGUCUGCCAUCGCUCCAACGCCUUGCGGCAGCAGAGGCUAUUCGAACCUUGGUUCUAUCGAGAGAUCCGACUUCUAUCAGGCAGCAGAGGCGGAAGGUGUAUCUCCCUCUCAGUUCAAGCGCAACAUCCUCAGGGACAAGGACGUCUUGCUCUCUGGACUCCCCACCACGGCCACUCCAGCUGAUAUUCGCGCUCUGGCACGCGAGUCCAAGACGGCCAACGACGUUGCUCGCAUCGAAUUCAUCUACACCAGAGCGUUGCGUCCCACCGGCAAAGCGCUCGUGUCCAUGUCCAGCCAUGUCCGUGCUCGCGCCUUCGAAGCAGAUGCGCACGGUCGCAUCGUGGGUGGCAGGAUGGUCGCCGCCAACCUCCGCUCCACCGAUGAUCGCAAAAGGUUCUUCCUCCGAACAUACGGCGAUUGGCCUGCAUCCUACCAGAUUCCCUUUGAUCUCAUCGAGUACGAAGCCGGCAAGCUCGUCCUUCUGCGCAACAUACCCAAAGACACCUUCGAAGCGCGUCUCGAGGAGCGUCUAGCCAAUCGCUACGACAUCAAGCCUCAGGAUCGAUGGCGCGCAAAACGAUCGUCCUAUGCCGGAUAUCUUCACGACAGUAAGGGCUAUGGCGGCAGCCACGACGCCGUUCUUGGUGGUGUGCUCAAGCUUGACAAGCUGCACGCCGAUGCUACCACAACCAGCUUUAUUGUCCGCUGCCAGACCCCAUCAGAAGCAAUGCGUCUGGUCAGGAGAUGGCACAACACCUACUUCGCGCCCGCGACCUUCGACAUCCAAGAUACCGGCGGACGAUACCGUGUCUCGGCGUCCAUUCUCUACUAG